CUCUCUCUCUCUCUCUCACACAUUCUUCUGUGUUGUGGUGUGGAUGGAUGGAGAGAAGAGCUAGCUCAUCGGAGAUCACCCACCGCCUUUGUAGGAGCGUUUCUGGUGACCAGGUCUUUGAAGUGGGGGAUUGCUUAUUUUUCAUAGAAUCGGAUUAUAUGCUUCUCUUCGGCUGAGUUUCUCUGCUGCAUUACGAAAUCCAGAUUUCAUUAUGCCAUCACAGAUGGUGGGCCCGCACGACUUCUCUCCUUCAUCCUUCUUCUCUGAGGACUUGCAUUUUCAUGAUGAGAGCCAGAAUGGAUUUUUGAAGCCAAAUAGCAUUCAUAAUUACAAUGCCUUGAAAACAGACAGAACGUUAAGAGCUGCAAGUGUGCCUUCAAUACCUUUUGAAGACCAGGUGCUUGCAGGUUGCCAGAUGACAAAUGGUUUUAAACUUCAAAAUUCUUAUUCUUAUAUACAAAAAGACAGGAAAGUGACUUCUGCAACACAAAGGCAUGCAAUUGGAUCAGAAAGAGCUGCCAGCCAAUCUUUGGCAAGAACUCUUGAUCACAGCAUAGACACGACUUCUAUUUUCAGUACAGAAUCAGCAUCUUACACAUCAGAUAUAGACAAAAUUAAGAUGGUGGGGGCUCAACAUGAAAAUGGUCUUUUUUCCAGUUCAUUAUCCGAGUUAUAUAGUAGAAAAUUGCGACUGUCAACAUACAACCCUCUUUAUGGACAAUCCAUGGGUGCCACUGUUCUACACAAUGAGGAAGAAGAACCUUUGGAAUCCCUGGAAGAACUUGAAGCUCAGACAAUUGGAAAUCUUCUACCUGAUGAUGAUGACUUAUUUGCUGCAGUGACUGAUGGGCUUGACUGUGUUGCUCAACCCAACAAUGGAGAUGAUGGAGAAGACUUGGAUCUGUUUAGCAAUGUUGGAGGGAUGGACUUGGGAGAAGACAGUUUCUCUUCAAGCCAAAGAAAUUCUGACAUGCUCUUGGGGGAAUCUAUUGCUUUAAAUGGUGGGGGGAAUACACUUGGGGAGUGUCCAUCCAGAACACUCCUAGUAAGAAAUAUAAAUAGCAAUAUUGAAGAUUCUGAAUUGCAAAGUCUCUUUAAGCAAUACGGGGAUAUUCAUUCACUAUAUACAACGUGCAAGCAUCGUGGUUUUGUUAUGGUUUCCUAUUAUGAUAUCAGAUCUGCCCUAAAUGCAAUGAAAGCUCUCCAAAAUAAGCCACUGAGACACAUGAGGCUAGACAUAAAUUUUUCAGUCCUAAAGGACCGUACCCUUGCAAAAGACAUCAUCAAUGGUACUCUAGUGGUUUUCAACCUUGAAUCCUCUGUGUCAAAUAGUGAGAUUCAUCGUAUCUUUGGCGUGUAUGGAGAGAUUAAGGAGAUCUGUGACACUCCACAUCAAAAGCAUAACAAAUUGAUUGAGUACUAUGAUAGUAGGGCUGCUGAAGCGGCUUUACAUGCCUUGAAUAGUAGCUAUAUUGCCGGGAAGCAGAUCAGGCUUGAACCAUGGUUUCCAGACGGGGCUAGACAGUUGCAACCAUUUUCCCGAGAAAUAGAACAUGAUGAAUCUGGUCUUCAUCUGCAACAGAAUAGCUAUCCUAGUAACAUAAUGCCAGGAUAUUCUGGCCGCACACUUGGUGGAAUCCCAUCUAGCUUAGAGAGUGGGACUAUGUUUGGUGCAAAGUCACCAAGUAGAGCACCACAAACUCAAUAUCUGGACAAUAACUUGGAUCAAGGGAUAUCAGCAUUCAGUCCUAACAGCUUAGCCUCACUGGUCAGGCUGGAAUCUGUUGGCAACCAAUCUAAUCUCGGUGAGACCAGCCAUUUACUUGGUCAAAUGAACAUUGAGUUAAUGCGCAAGCGAAACGGCCUCCCUUGCUCUCUUCCAGAAUAUCUUGAUGGGUUAACCAAUGGAGUCCCCUCCAGUUCUCCAGGUGUCAUGUCCUCAAAUAUAAAUGGUUGGCCAUCAGAAGUAGCUGAUGGCCAGCGAUUCCAGCGAAUUGGCUCAAAUAGAUUCUCAAUGGGACUGAAUGAAGGUGUUUUUGGUCCCACUGGAAAUGGUAGCUGUGCACCAUCUGGGCAUCCAUAUGCAUGGAGUGCUUCUCCCCAGCAACAAUAUCAAGAAAUGAUGUGGCCAAACUCACCAUCACUUGUGAAUGGAAUUUGCACUACUCGCUCACAACAAAUGCAUGUCGUUUCUAAUGCACCUACGCAUAUGCUUAAUGCACUUGCACCAUUAAGCAACCACCACGUGGGAUCAGCCCCCUCUGUCAAUGCUUCUAUUUGGGAUAGAAGACAUGUGUAUGGUGGUGAUUCUCCUGAAGUCUCUGUUUUCCAUCCUGGUUCUCUUAGUAGCUUGCAGAUUUCUGGUAACUCACCCCACCCCUUAGAUCUAAUUAACUUUCCUCGGGGUGGUGGAAAUUGUAUGGGUUCUCCAAUUACUUCAAAGAGUGUCGGAUUACCCUCCCCUCACCAGAGGUGUUUGAUGUUUCCUCCGAGGAGCCAAAUGAUUCCUAUGAUGAAUUCAUUUGAUUCUCCAAAUGAGAGGACAAGAAGCCGGAGAAAUGAAGGCUCUUCAAAUCAGACAGAGAACAAAAAGCAAUUUGAGCUUGACAUUGAACGAAUUGUUAGGGGGGAAGAUAAGCGGACAACACUAAUGUUAAAGAACAUUCCUAACAAGUACACAUCAAAAAUGCUUUUAGCUGCUAUUGAUGAACAACACAAAGGAAUUUAUGAUUUCAUCUAUUUGCCAAUUGAUUUCAAGAACAAAUGCAAUGCUUUUAAUGGAAAGAAAUGGGAAAAAUUCAACAGUGAAAAGGUGGCAACACUUGCAUAUGCACGCAUCCAGGGGAAAGCCGCCCUUGUUGCUCACUUUCAGAAUUCUAGCUUGAUGAACGAAGAUAAGCGAUGCCGUCCUAUUCUUUUCCAUACUGAUGGCCCCAAUGCAGGGGAUCAGGUUCCCUUCCCCAUGGGUGUCCAUGUGAGGUCUAGGCCCAACAAGUGUCGACCUGGCGGCACAAGUGAUGAAAACAACCAUGAAACCCAUACAAGCCCAUCAAAAGAGGAAUCACCUUCACAUGGAGAGUCAUCUUCCACAGCAGUCCAGGAUUCUUCAACUAAAUGCAGCAGCAGCAGCAGCUAACCUUGUUCUAAAUUUUCCUCCAUUGUACAUUAAGUAAGGGUGGUUGGUCAAUGGAGAAAGCUUUAAAAGGAGGAGUGAAGAAGAGAGAAUCACUUCCUUUUGAAUUUCAGAAUAUUGACGACCUCGUGAAUUUUUAACCAAAAACAACAAGCAUUUGGCCCUUUUUAUUCAUCAGCGGCCUACUCUAAUACCGCAAUGUAAGAUCUCCCCAAAUUUUGGAAAUACUGAUCGGAUGUACAAAAAAAAAGACUAUGUAUAGGAGAAGAGUUUGGGUGGCGGAUAUAUGAUUUCUUCCAUACCUCCUCCGGAUGAAGGCUCCUCCCUCCUCCUGGUAAACAUUUUUCCCCACCUCUACCUACCUUGCCAAAGCAUGCCAAGGCAGCAAAUUUUUGUUGUGAAUGUUUUGUGUCUCUUAACAUGUUUUUAUGAAUGCUAUUCGGACUCGUUGUUACAAGCUUGUUCUGUGUUAUAGAUUGUGGCUGUAACUUUAUUUUUUGUUUUCUUCUAUUUUUCCUGAGUGUUGUGUUAAUUUGGAUGUUUAUAACCUACAAAUGUCACUGAUAUUUGCUCAGAUUAUUAUAUUGCCGUG